AUGAUGCGGAAGCCUUAUGAAGCAAUUUCUUACGUCUGGGGAAACCUCGAUGAGGUCCAGACUAUAACCUGCCAUGGAGUCUCAGUCGCCGUCACUACGAACCUCUUCCAAGCCCUUCGCCAAGUCAGACACCCCACCAAGCAACGUCAACUCUGGGUCGACGCCCUCUGCAUGAACCAGCAUGACAAGUUCGAGAAGAGCUCCCAAGUCAACAUCAUGGGCGAAAUCUACUCCCAGGCCCAACAAGUCCUCAUCUGCUUCGGCGACGACGACCAAAACGGCCGCGCCGCAGAAGAAGCGUUCAGCGUCAUCCGCGAUUUCAACCUCGUCGCCGCAAAGCACAUGCGGCACUUUGAAAUAUCGCCGCACACCAUCAAGCGAUGGGCGCCCCCGGACGGCAGCUACGGCCCCGUCACGCGGGCGCGGCUGCAGAGCGCCGUGGACAUGCUGAACCGCCCCUGGUUCGAGCGCGUCUGGGUGCUCCAGGAGGUCGGGCUCGCCCGGCGCGCGCUGCUCGCGUACGGCAGGUCGACGGUGGACUUCACCGAGGUCCUGGACUUCGUUGCGGCGUGGGUGCGGAAUAACCAGAUCACGCGCGGUCUUGUUUUCAAGGCGGGCCACAUCAUCAGCCUGUUCCGGUUCGUCUGGGCGACGUUCACGGAGGACGUUGAGAGGUCGUGGUACUCGUCCUCGCACAUUCUGAAGAGGAUUGCGCGGCUGCAGAAGGAUGGCGGCGUGUUGGAACUCGAGGAUGUGCUUUUCCGCGCGAGGGGCGGGCAGCGGGCUACGGAUAAGAGGGAUCUCGUAUUUGCCUUCCUCGGGCAUCCGCGACGUUGCCAGAGCUGA